CUAUGAUUUAACCCACAGCGCCACCCGUGGCCCCCCUAGAAGAUUACCACUGAGGGAAUGCGCCCCUCCAGAGGAAGAAUAGGUUACAACUCCCCUGCUCUUAACUUUCGAGCUACCAGUAGCUGUCCUUCAAAACCAAAACUAGGCUUUAAAAUAAGAAAUUCUACCUCGGCUAUUCAGAGGUGUUAUGGGAACCACAAGAAGGAAGAGUGCUGUUGUGCUCAUGUCCUGUUUUUGAGCUUCCCAUGGGCAUCCUGAUCUAGAUGGGCCAAUCGACUGAUCCAACAGGACUCUUCUUCUGAAAUAGCGUGUUCUGUGUAUUCUGCAAUUUCUGGGAUGUUUCCCUUUCAGCUGCUGCAAUGGCCCCCCAUCUCCUUCCUUGGUUCUUGUGCCUCAUCCUUUCGCUGGUGGGACCCAGUUCAACUGCUGAAGAUGACUUGGUGGUGGUGACCAGCAGUGGUUCAGUCCGGGGGAAACGUCUCCCAUCUAGCUCUGGCAACGUCACGGCCUUUUUAGGUAUCCCCUAUGCUGAGCCCCCUGUAGGCAAGCUGCGCUUCCAGAAGCCCGUUCCUCGUCAGCCAUGGAGCCAGGUCUUGGAGGCCACCAACUUCAGCAAUUCCUGCCCCCAGAUAGUUAUUUCUGGCCCUCCGGAUGCCGAAACAUGGAUGGCCAACACGCCCCUCUCAGAGGACUGUCUCUACCUCAACGUCUGGGUGCCCCAUCCUCGGCCCUCCAAGCCAGCCGCGGUCCUUGUCUGGAUCUAUGGCGGGGCCUAUUUUAUUGGCACAAGCUCCCUAGUGAUAUACAAUGCGGAAUUCCUAGCUGCUGCAGAGAAUGUCAUUGUGGUCUCCAUGAAUUACCGCCUGGGGCCUCUAGGUUUCCUUUCGUUGCCACCAGCUGUCCCAGGGAACAUGGGCCUGAUGGACCAGCAACUUGCCAUGUCUUGGGUGAAGCAAAAUGCAGCUGCCUUCGGUGGAGACCCUACUCGGAUAACCAUUUUUGGCGUGAGUGCAGGAGGAGCCUCUGUUGCAUUUCACCUCCUCUCACCAGGGAGCCAGCCUCUUUUCCAUCGUGCUGUGCUAGAGAGUGGAGCUUCCGUCGCGGCCUGGGCUUGGCUGAAUCCUGAGGAGGCCAAGAGAAGAAGUCAGAAGCUGGCCAAGAAGAUGGGCUGUGCUCAAGAAGAGGUCCCUGCUUUGGUGAGAUGCUUGCAGGGAAAGAACGCAUCAGAGUUCCAAACCGCCCAGUUCCUUGUUGUGGACCCCACGGUGGUUCUGAAUCCACCCUUUGCACCGACAACGGAUGGGGAGUUCCUCACCGAUGAGCCGCGGAAACUUCUAGAAUCCAAGAACUUCACGGCUAAGCCUAUCGUGAUCGGUACCACCUCCGACGAAGGGUCUGUCUUCGUAUUAUAUGCAAGCCUCUUUUUGAACACAACCAAAGACUGCCUUUUGACCCAGGAGCAACUGUUGAAGGGGCUGCAAAUCACCGUCCGCAACACAACCAGCGACUUCAUCAAAGCUGCAGCUGAGAGAUACAGUCAGGCAGAACCUGAAGGCCCAGCAAGGUACCGUUCAGCCAUGGUGAAAGCCUGCGGCGAUUACCUUUUCGUCUGCCCAGCCACGGAUGUCGCCACAGCAGUGACAGAGGCUGGAAGCCCCGUAUACGUCUAUACUUUCCGCCACCGCAGCACUGGCUCUGUUUGGCCUGAAUGGCUGGGGGCCAGCCACGGAGCUGAGGUCCCCUAUGUUUUCGGAACUUUGACGCUGUUGAAAGGAACCAAGGAAAAGCACACAAAGGCAGAGUUGGAGCUUAUCUCCCGUGUCAUGCGGUACUGGGCGGAGUUUGCCCGAAGCGGCAAUCCGACUCCUUCCCAUGUCAACGAAACAAAAUGGCCCGUCUACGACCCAGCACAGCAGAACUUCUUCGUCCUCAGCACGGACCCACCCCGUGUGAUGGAGCCAUCGCCGGCUCAGCAGUGCAGUUUUUGGAAAACACUCCCAUCAGGGGCAUCAAAGCCAGAUGUCUUAUCCACACAGGAAUAUGAAAGGAAGGAGGAGCUGUGAAUUAAGAGAAAGGCUUUUUUUUCACAGGUAAGUAUCAGUAAGGAUGGAGAGAAAGAAAGGAUCUGGUUGGGAGUUGGGAGAAAGUAGUCCAAUGGGACCAGUAUAAUUUUUUUGGUGGAAUACAAUUUUCUCCAGCCAAAAUUAAGCGUUUAAAAGAUCCAUUUGAUAAGAUUUGAUUGGGGAGCAAUUUAAGCAUCUGCUCCUGGAAAUAAUGGGGAUUAAAAAGUGGUUAAUUUGGGUUGGAUUGUGGUUUAUAUUUACUUCAGUUUAUGCCACCACACUGUCCCAUUUGAUUCAAGGGACUCGAUACUAUUUUUACAUUGG